GAGAGAGCAAGUAAAACAGUCAGCAUCACGUGUUUGUACGUGACGGGCGUGUUCGGUGCCGUUCUGUCCUGAUAUUCACGCGUUCCCGACACUCGUGCCGUAUUCUAUAAUGACAAUAGUGUAUCACAGUGCACCCUAGUGGAUGUCGCUAUAAGUUUGUACGUCAGAUUUCCCUAUACCAAGCGUUAUCCAACGAAAUAUUACCGAGCAAAACGGGAUGAGAGAAAUUAAAACCUUGAAAAAGAAAGUACACAUUGUGUUGUGUGUGUGCCAUGCUGACAAGUACUAGAUCGUGAGUGUGUGAGUGCGAUGGCGCGGGGCUUAGUAUCCUUUGCCAUCCUGGUGUGUUUGGUGUGGGAGGUAAAAGUGGCGUUCUGUCACUACACGCCAACAUGGGCAGUCCAUGUUCCUGGUGGGAAGCAGACAGCAGAUGACGUUGCGCUGGAUCACGGCUUCAUCAAUCUUGGAGAGAUCUUCGAGAACCACUACCACUUCCAUCACAACUCGGUAGCGAAGCGGUCGCUGACGCCAGCACACGAGCACCACGGUCGACUGGAGAUGGACGAGCGAGUGCGGUGGGCGAGGCAACAGCGAGUGCUGUCCAGGAAGAAACGGGAUUUUCAGACCAUACCCGACAGUACCAGUACAGCUGAAACCAAAUCAUCGGAGGCGCCCUCAGUGAAAAGAGAGGCCGGCUCGAAACGCGAGCUGCACUCCAGAGUGAAAGGGAGGCCCCGCUCCGCCGACUCCAAGUUCCAAUUAAACGAUCCCAAGUGGCCGCACAUGUGGUACCUCAACCGAGGAGGUGGUUUGGACAUGAACGUGAUCCCGGCGUGGCGGGAAGGAAUCACGGGACGAGGCGUCGUGGUCACCAUCCUGGACGACGGCCUCGAAACCGACCAUCCUGAUUUAGUAGCUAAUUAUGAUCCAAUGGCGUCGUACGACGUAAACUCGCACGACUCGGACCCACAGCCCCGGUACGACAUGAUCGACUCCAACCGACACGGCACGAGGUGCGCGGGUGAAGUUGCAGCCACUGCGAACAACUCCUUGUGUGCUGUAGGCGUUGCUUUUCAAGCCAGCGUUGGAGGCGUUCGCAUGCUAGAUGGUGAUGUGACAGAUGCAGUCGAAGCACGGUCAUUAUCCCUGAACCCUCAACACGUGGACAUCUACAGCGCCUCGUGGGGACCUGAUGAUGACGGGAAGACGGUUGAUGGUCCUGGCGAGCUGGCCACAAGAGCUUUCAUUGAAGGUGUUACAAAGGGUCGCAACGGCAAAGGCUCUAUCUUCGUCUGGGCAUCAGGCAACGGAGGCAGAGAGCACGACAACUGCAACUGCGACGGCUACACCAACUCCAUCUGGACGUUAUCGAUAUCAUCAGCGACAGAGCGAGGCGAUGUUCCUUGGUACUCAGAGAUGUGUAGCUCCACCCUCGCCGCUACGUAUAGUUCUGGCGCUACAAAUGAGAAACAAGUGGUAACAACGGACUUGCACCAUGCAUGCACGACAGGGCACACCGGCACAUCUGCAUCGGCGCCGCUUGCUGCGGGCAUAUGCGCGCUCGCUCUGCAGGCUAACCGGGAUCUUACUUGGAGGGAUAUGCAACACAUAGUGGUUAGAACUGCAAGACCGGAGCGUCUUAGCCUCGGUGGAGAGUGGAGAAUCAAUGGUGUAGGAAGGAACGUAUCGCAUUCUUUCGGCUACGGAUUACUGGAUGCAGCGGGCAUGGUGCGACUUGCCAGGUCAUGGAGAACAGUUCCCGCUCAAAGGAGAUGUGAAUUAGCUGCACCGAGACCCCAAAGGGCGGUUCCACCAAGAUCUUCCAUUACUUUGCAGCUCGAUGUAACUACGUGCCCCGGCGUGAACUACCUAGAGCACGUCCAGGCAAGAGUAUCGCUGGCUGCAGUUCGUCGAGGUGAUCUUCGAAUCGCGCUUACGUCGCCUGCUGGUACUAGAGUCACGUUGCUAGCUCCUAGGCCACACGACUCGUCGCGAGCGGGAUUCAAUUCGUGGCCUUUCAUGUCGGUGCAUAUGUGGGGGGAGGGACCCCUUGGCGUGUGGCAGCUUGAGGUCUCCAACGAAGGGCGGUAUAUGGGUCGGGCGACAUUGCAAGACUGGUCGUUGACGUUAUACGGGACAGGCUCGCCGGCCGCUAAAAAUGACCCAAUACCGUUUAGAAGUCCAAUUAUACGAAAUAGGAGCAACGCAACUCGGCCCGUAGUCGUUCAGGCCGGGAGGAAAAACAACAGAGGGAAAGCCAUUCCCAUAGUGCCGACGUACACAGUCGGCUUAGUGAAAAGAAAAAAGAACAAGAAUUCGAAGAAUCCUAAUAGGAAUUCGCAGAAAAAACAGGGACGGCCGGCGACGCGCUCGCCCGUCGACAGCACGACGGCGCGGGUCACGACGUCAACUACGCCGGAUUUGAGCCUUAAUUUGCGAGGGGACUUAAAGCACCCUCUGUCGGAUGCCAGAGGGCGUAAGAUGUCCAGUCUGUUCGACCAGUACCCGAAAAUUCAGCGGAUUUACCCCGCGCCGCUGCAAGCCAACGCUGGUCCAUUGACGCAAUGGGAGUUGAUAUUCUACGGCACGGAGACGCCUGCGCAAGAAUACGACGCGUCUCCUGAAAGCAACUCCUUGGGAACUAGUGGUGCUACGUCAUGGAGCGACAACGUGCCUGAGGCGCCAGAGGAAGUGAGACAGAACACUAUAGAGGAUGAUCUCGCUCUCGUGUGGCAUGAUUCUCAUGCGAUUCGAGAGGAGGGUCCGGAAGUGGAGGCUGGCGGAUACGCGGCCAGCGGCUGUAUCACACACGGCGCACAGCCGCCGCACCAGUGCCUAGAGUGCGCGAAGGGUAUGCAUUUGUACGACGGGCGAUGCUAUCAGCUUUGCCCGGGUGGGACGUACGCCAUCGAACGAAGCUCACGCAGGCGUAACCUGACGUUCUUGGAAACUGGCGACUCCUCGGUCGCAAUGAAGCGACAUAGCGUAGUCGCUAAACCUGCUGCAACGGAGGCGUUCGAUAUGGAACCGUUAGCUAAUCACUCUAGAACACCUUUAUUCUGCCUGCCUUGCCAUUACACCUGCGCCACUUGUACAGGUCCACAAAACAGUCAAUGCUCUUCAUGUUUGGAUGAUGCUCAGCUCUACAAUUCAACAGAUUUCGAACCGAAAUAUUACUGUUAUCCUAAAGCAGUUCUGCCGCAAAUCGACAUGGCUAAAUGGCAUUAUAAAAUGAAUGUCAAUCUCGUAGUCGCGUUAAUAAUACUUGUCAGCUUUAUUUCGUUGUACGCAAUAGUCUGUGUACUUAAACGACUGGGUUUUUGUUUCUCUAGAAACAACUACGAUUCCAAUAUAAAAACAGCGUAUGAGUAUAAUAAGUUGGCGGUGGAUGAGAAGCAACAGAGCGCCAUUGAAAUUGAAGAAGAAAUUCACAAGGCUCUUAAUAAAUAUUCGAGUGAAAGUGAGUCAGAUGACGACCAUUUAUAGCACCUCUUGACAUUCCGUCCAGAGUACUACGAGUUGAUACAUCAAAAAUAGUGUUUAUUUUUCAGCCAGAAAAGUGCUUUUAAUGUGUUAUCCCGCAUAUUGCAUGAUUCGCUUACUCAGUCACUAAAUAAAAGCUAUCAAACUUAUUUGACAUUGGCUGGUUAUAAUUGCGGCUUCACUGAGCGAUGUAAAAAUAAUAUUUUGUAACAAACCUUCAAUGGAUUCAAAAUAAAUGUCAAAUGAGUUUGGUGGCUUUCAUUAAGUGAUGAUCACUGAGUUAGGGAAUCAUCCCACUGAUCAGUGGAUAUGAUGCUAUCGGUUGUCAUAACUCACAAUGUUCCAAUAUUAUGUAAUAAUAAAAGUUGUGAACAUAGUUUAGGAACCAAACCACAGAUGGAACGAAGACAACGACCAUAUUUUGUACAAAAAGUAUUUUUUGUAAUUUUGUAUUAAUUAGUCCAAAGACCUUAAAAAAUUUCAUAUUUCGGUUCUCACGUCAUCUUGUGUCCUUUGUCUUUAUUAAUUUUCUAUUUUACUCAAUUCUUUAAAUAUUUAAUAGAGUGAAUGUUAGGCUAUUUUUUCAUCACAUUCCCCGUAUUAUAGCUAUUUGUAAGUGAAAUGUAAUAAAUACAUAAUCAUAGUGAUAAUGCAAUUUAAAUGACGAUCAGGAAAUGUUAGGUGAAAUAUUAAACAAACUGAAAUAUACUCAGACGAGACUAUAUUUUAUAUAUAGUUUGGUUAUAAUUGAAUCGAUAUAUCUAAGAGUAAAUCCAUACGAUUGUCGGAACUAAAAGGCGAACAAUUUGUUAGUACCUAUUAGCGUAGAAAUAUUUCACAAAACCCAAGAUCUCUUCCUUGUUUUUCUCUAUAUUAACUACUAUAAAGCCCAUACUUUCGAUUUUAAUAGCUGUAGUAUUGAAAUUGACGGCUAAGCGAUUGUCUUGAAUAGUUGUGAAGAAAGUUAUCGUUACAGUUUCAUAAUACCAAGCUGCUAGACUGUUGUGCGUUAAGUAAGUAGGUAUAAGUUACUCUUAGUUAAUAACUUUUAAAUCUUUUACCUUUUUUCUUUUUUAGUCGAACAAAGGUAAACGGGCAUAUUACGGGCCGACACAAGUCAAAUUAACAACAGGUAUCCAAAUACGACUCUGGGGCCUUACUACCACCGCUUAAACUAGUAAUGAUUUAAUAUUGUUUUGACAUUUUCAUAUGAAACUUGUAUGAAAUUGUCAUAACAAUAUUGAAACAUUAUUACUAUAAGUGGUGGUAGUAGGGCCCCUGAUAUAAACUGACAUAAACCGCGUUGUUUUGGCUCAUGGGGAUCACGAAAAAAUUGAAAUAAUUUUUAUAUACUUAAUGAAAGAAAAACAAUUGUAAUUUAUACUCUCCCAAAGAUUUUGAAUUAAAUAUUCAUAUUUAUAUAUACUGAAAGGUUACAAUACUAUCUUUGAUUUAAAACUAAUUUGGUUAAUGUCCGCCACUUUUGGCAAAGCGGGUCAGAUUAUGCGCGUUUAUCUUUAUUUGGUAAAUUGUGACUUAGCUUAGCAUUUCUUAGUUAAUAUUUCGUAAAUCAGCUAUAAAGAUAUACCUUAAUAAAUAUUAAUUUGAAGGUUUAUGUUUUAAAAGUACCUAUUCUAUUUAAAAAUAAUUCUGCAUUCACUUUUUAAUUUUAAGUUUCUUUUAUUUACUAUUUAGUUUUUCCCCUUUAUCGUAUUAACUUUUUCAAUCAAAUGCAUAAUAUUUCAGUUUAGAUAUAAUUUUGCUCAAGUUGCCAUUUUGUUAGGUAGAUAAUGAGCUUAUGUGUAAAUAAUAAGAAUGUAUGUAAAUAAAUGAGUUCCUAUUUUGA